AUGCCACAGUGCAGGCUCCCCGCGGAUGCAGUCUCAGGCUCCCGGCCCUGCAGGCCCUGCUGCUGGUCCACAUCAGCCCCUCUGCGCUCAUGGCUUCCCCGAGCAAGGCAGUUAUUGUUCCUGGGAAUGGAGGUGGGGAUGUGGCCACCCACGGCUGGUACGGCUGGGUGAAGAAGGGGCUGGAGCAGAUACCUGGUUUCCAGUGUUUGGCUAAAAACAUGCCUGACCCAAUUACAGCUCGAGAGAGCAUCUGGCUGCCCUUCAUGGAGACGGAGCUGCACUGUGAUGAGAAGACCAUCAUCAUAGGCCACAGUUCUGGGGCCAUUGCAGCCAUGAGGUAUGCAGAAACACACCGAGUAUAUGCUAUUGUGUUAGUGUCUGCAUACACCUCUGACUUGGGGGAUGAAAAUGAGCGUGCCAGUGGAUACUUCAGCCGUCCCUGGCAGUGGGAGAAGAUCAAAGCCAACUGCCCUUACAUUGUGCAGUUUGGCUCCACUGAUGAUCCUUUCCUUCCCUGGAAGGAACAACAAGAAGUGGCUGAUAGGUUGGAAGCCAAAUUGUACAGAUUCACUGACCGUGGCCACUUUCAGAAUAUGGAGUUUCAUGAACUGAUUAGCGUGGUAAAGUCUAUGCUGAAAGUACCAGCAUAGGUAGGAUUACUUCUGCUAUUUUACAUUCCAGUGUAGGGGUAGAGCAAUGAUCAGGUUAUUAAUAGAUAAAAAUUAUCUAUUAUGAGAUGAUUAGUAGACACAUAAAACAGAUCAAAGUUCCGGAAAAAUAACCCAGAAGUUCAAUAUUCAAACUAAGUUACAAACUGCGUUUCCAUUUUCCAUUGGAUUUCUAUUUCACAAACUGCCAUGAACUAAAGCAGUAUUUUUCUCAUUUGAUCAGGGACAUAAGGACAGUUUAACCACCUUUAUCUGUCCAAAGUGAGUAAGAUAGAAGUGGAAUCCAGCUUUCCUGAUUCCCAGUUCACAUUAAAACUAGUUUGUGUAUGUUGUAGGAGUUGUACUCCUCUUUGAAAUGAACCUUUUUCUAGUUGGCAGCGUGGGGUGGGGUGAGGAAAACGACUAAAGAUCCAGAGUGUUGGCUUAGAGCUCAAAACACUAGCUGUUCUGAGCUGGCCCAAGACAUUAAACCCAGACUGGGGCCUUCAUCUUUGACCCCUGCCCAAGUCCUUCAAACAUGUUGAGGGAGAGGGAUACAUAUGGAUCUAAGAGUUGGGUCUGCCAGGUCGGGCAGGGAACAGAAGCCCAGCCUGUACAAAUAUGUCAGCAUAGCCAACCAGAUGUGUGCUAGACCAGCGUGGUGGGAAUUUGGGCAGCAUGGAGAACUCGUGCCCUUUCUAAAUCGUUGCCAUCUGGGAAGGUAGCAGGGUGUUGCCAAUUUUCUGAUUUUUUGAGGGAAAAACUUCAUGCAGUGGUUUUCAUAUCUAGGGACUAUAUGUUUAUAUACACAGUUUAUAUGUAUAUGAAUUAUGCCCAAUAUAUGUACAUAUGGAUUACAUAAGUCGACAACGACG